AUUUACUGUGUGCACGAUUUCGCUGUAAACAGUCGCCCUGGAUUUCUCAGAUCCAGGUUUGGGAGGCGGGGAAGCUGAACCUCGCGGAAAUGGUGAAAGCUGUGGUCGGAGAAGAAACCCAACUCAAGUUGGCGGAUGAUCGUCUCUUCGAAUCUGGUGUGCCUGCGCAGGUGGGUCUCGUUAUAGGAAAGCUUAAUGGUGGUUUAGACCGAGGAUUUGUAUUCGAUUUGAUUCCUACGCCACCCAACGAUGCCGGUGAACAGGCUUGUCGGCUCCCUGAGAGUGGCAGAGAUGACAAGAAGGGCUCAAAGAAGAAAUCUCAGGCGGAAUCUUCACCUUUGGUGAUCGACGUGGAUUGGGUUGCUGAACACGCUCGUCAGGUCUCCAAAAUGCUACUAGGUGGCAUGAAUGUGGUUGGAUUAUAUGUCUGGGCUUCUGAGAACUCAUUCAAGGCUUCUAACCUAGUACUUUAUCAGACUGUCAAGGCAGUUGCAGAGGCAGCACCUUUUUAUGACAGUCGUUUGGAUGAGAGGAUCCUCAUUCAUAUUUCUUAUAGUCCAAGGAGGUGGAACUGCAGAAAUUGCUCUCUGGGUUCAAGUAUUUCAUCAAGCAGUCUACGGCCUUGUGAUUUCAAAAUGGGAAGGGUAUUAGCUUCCCUUCAGACAUUUAGAUGCAUGUACAACUUUUGCAUAAGACUGCCAAUUUUUCGUGAGGAUGCAUCAAGUACCAUCACAUUUAGAGAUGUUCUCUACAGUGGACUUCUAACUCAUGCCCAAGAGCUGAAAGGUGCUAAGCCUGUAAUUGAUGGAACGUUGGUUGCUGAUGAUGAGAUGAGCAUUUCAGAUGGUGUACAUGUAGUUGAACUGCUUUUUCCUUUCAUGAAGAGUGCACCUGCUGAAGGUUGCUGCCAAAAGGAGGUUGUGGGUGUUCUUGUGUUGACUGGAUCCAUAUGUUCCUUUGCAUACUUGAGCCCGAAGGAACCUGUUUCACAAGCUGUUGAUGAUAUAAAGGGGGAUAUCAUUAUGAGUUUGCGAAACAGAUUGGAUAUCAUCUGUGAUGAGGCGGAAGGAGACAUUAAAGAUUCAACUGUUGAUGGGCAACAAGAAGAAAGCAAUGAGAUAUCAACUGAAAAAUCCAUCCUUCAACUUGUCCUGCAUUUAUUGAGGUUCUGAAAGAUCACUGCAAGGAAUUGAUGUCCAGGGAAGAUCUGAUGGAUGCCUCGACAAUUUUGGAGCUAGAAACAGAAGCCGUGUCAUUAACAACAAAAUCUUUCUGGGAUUUAGUAGCACCCAGUUCUAUACCACAUGGAUCUGAUUGCCAGCCAAAAGGAAAGGAUGGAAUAUAUGCAGCUGGAAAAGAAAGUUGCAGUAAGUCUAUUGCAUCACUUGGUUUCAACACUACUGCCAUUGUAUUUGCCCUACUAUCAAUCUUACUUGGUUUGGUAUUUUUUGUUCUCAAAACUUAGCUUGUAAACUGCAGCUUCAUUUAUAGAGUCAUCAAGUAAUGGAAGAUUCUUUACCAAAAAAAAGUAAUGGAAGAUAUAUUAAGCAAGAAA